AACAAGCCCGCGGAGUACAAAAACACAGAGCACGAGUGCUCACGUGUUCGCAAAUUAAACCAGAUUAAACCAGAUUCUCCUAACCCCCGCGAACCGCCCGCACCGGUACCGGCAGGAUGCAGGCGGAGUUCCGGGCUCCGCGGCGGCGGAACCGGGUCUACGAGCACUACGAGGCUCCGCUGCCUCUGGGCUGGACCCGCGGGGAGAACAGACACUUCCGAGCCGAGCUCUGCAACCAGCACCUGCUGGUCUGCGACCCGGACCAGGCCCGCAGCAUCUACACGCAGGGCUAUUUUGGUAAAGGCAUCCUCUCCAGAGCCAGACCGGACCACAGCAUCUCCGACCAAUGGGAGCAGCACCAGGGGCUGCGUCUGCCCGUCGUAUCCCAGGCCAAGUACGAGGAGCUGCUCCGGUGGGCGGAGGCGGCUCUUUCUGGCCAGGGGUUGGACCGGGAGGCCGUCAGUCAAACCCUUUCCAGACUGACUGGGGCGGUGGACGUGGAGGACGUGAGGAGGGAGAUGGGGGGAGACGAGGAGGAGCAGGAGAACGGAGGCAGGAGGGAGGAGGAGGUGGAGCCAGAGACGCCACGGGCGGGGGUAGAGAUGGAGCCAGAGGCCAAGAGAGCCUGCAGGUCACACCCACAAGAUGCCAACCAUGACCUCCAUUCUGAAAGCAGCUCAGACCAGGACUCAGAUUCCAGCUCCAAUUCGGAAGCUGAGCCCCCUCCUCUGGUACCAGGUCCUGGGUUUAUCCUGGUGGCCCCUGAAAGUGAGGACGGAGGUGGCGUCAAGGAGCUGAAGCGGAGUCCAAUAUGUCUGUCGGAGUACCUGCAGCUCAGUCCGGAGGAGGCCUUCUUCCUGGUGUACGGCCUGGGCGUCCUCUCCGUCUACCUGCAGCAGGAGCCUCUGUCAAUCACUCAGCUGUGGAGGAAGUGCCGGUCACUGCUGCCAGACUUCAUCAGCUCGUACGCCGCCUAUCAUCACUUCCGCAGCAGGGGGUGGGUCCCCAAGGGAGGGGGCGGGGCCAAGUACGGUGUCGACCUCAUGUUGUACAGGAAAGGACCUCCUUUCUACCACGCCAGUUACUCUGUGGUGGUGGAGCGAGUUGAUGAUGCGUUCAGGGGUUUGCCACUGCGUCCGUUUUCCUGGCGUUCCCUGGCAGCUCUCAGCAGGAUCACCGGUAACGUCUCCAAGGAGCUGAUGUUGUGUUACGUCAUUUAUCCUUCUGGCCUGACGGACGCAGAGCUGGACUCACCCGCAUGCCUGAGCAAACUGAAGGUUCAGGAAGUGAUCGUCAGCAGGUGGGUGUCCUCCAGAGAACGGACUGAGCAGGAUGACAUCUGAUUGGCCAAUAGGAAAGGCUGAUGGACAGUGAUGGAACCCAGAGACUGAUGGACGCCAAACAGAAACAUGAUUGUUGUUUCAUGUUUAACAUCCAGUCAAGCUGCUGAGGACAGAGAAGAAGCUGCAAUGAGCAGCACUGAUGACGAUGUCCAUGUGGAGUCUGGUUACCGUGGUAACAGGUGUUAUUCUGAGUUUAGGCUGAUGUUCAAAGUCUGACCUUGAUCCUUCUCCUGAACACUAUUUAUUUGACCUGGAUGGAAAAUGUCAUAAUGAGGGAAACUGUGAAUCUACCUGAACUACUUCUCUGAGACGCCAGUCUGCCGCGUGGAUCUACAAAUCACUUACCAGGAUUUGUGGAUGUGCUACGAACAUGAUUUCCUCACCAAAGUUGUGAUUUAAACAAUAAAAAUAAACUGAAGUGAAACACAGCUGCUCAGCCUCAUUUUCCCUGAGUCAGUUCCAGAGGUGUCAAGUAACAAAGUACAAAUACUUCGUUACCUUACUUAAGUAGAAAUUUUGCUUAUCUAUACUUCACUGGAGUAAUUAUUUUUCAGACGACUUUUUACUUUUACUCCUUACAUUUUCACGCAAUUAUCUGUACUUUUUACUCCUUACAUUUUAAAAACAGCCUCGUUACUCUAUUUCAUUUGGGCCUUUAAUAAAAACUAUCCAGUUAAAUUGCUCCAUCCGGAUAGAGUGAAUUUGGUUGUGGUUGUUUCAGAUGUUCUUGUCCAGUUUUGUUCUUACAUCCGUUCCCUCAGA